UCAAGUUGCCCGUUCUUCACUCUGCAAAGAUCUCUGGGGUGCACAAAAAUUGUAAAUUUUUUUGGUUUGUGUUUAUCGGUAGAUUUCUGAAUAAAUACUUAAAGUAAAUACAAUCGAACAAGUGCUGUGGACAGAUAAGUGGCUAUGGCAUUGGGAACUGCAAACGAUGCUCAGUGUAAACCGGAAAAUGCAUUGAAUAAAUCGGAAAAAUCGCACAUCGACUCAAUGCCGACAUCCAAUGUGAUGGAAGAGAAUAAGUCGAAUAAAGAAAAUGGUCCAUCAACUGCCAAUGGUGAUGCAGGUGCAGAACAUCAGCAUUUAAACGGGCACACCGAUUCGGAAGCAAAGACUGAAAAAAGUGACGCCAAUAUUCUAGAAAUUAUGCAAGACAACGGUUUCACCAUAUCGAUCGUUAGCCCGGGAAUGGAACCGUUAUCGAUUCAAGUGUCGAGCAUGGAAUUAGUGCAAGAAAUCCAUCAAUUGCUCAUGGAUCGCGAAGACACCUGUCAUCGUACGUGCUUUUCGUUGCAAUUGGAUGGUGUUACAUUGGAUAAUUUUGCUGAACUUAAGAACAUCGAAGGUCUUAAGGAGGGAUCGGUUGUUAAAGUUGUAGAGGAGCAAUACACUAUGCGUGAAGCUCGUAUCCACGUACGCCAUGUGCGUGAUUUAUUAAAGUGUAUGGAUCCAGCUGAUGCGUUUAACGGUGUCGACUGUUAUUCGUUGACUUUUUUGCACACGAUCACUCAAGGUGAUUUGGAAAAGAAAAAAUCUCGGCCGGAUAGUGUUGAUUGUACACCACCCGAGUACAUUAUGCCUGGGUCGAAAGACCAACCAUUACUUCCACUUCAACCUGGAAUCAAGAAUGCGAAAGGACCUCCAUCGUUGAAGGUGCUAACAACAUCGGCGUGGAAUCCACCACCAGGCCCAAGAAAACUUCAUGGCGAUCUGAUGUAUUUGUACGUCGUUACAAUGGAGGAUAAACGCAUACACAUUACAGCCUGUCCCAGGGGCUUUUACAUAAACCAAUCGACUGAGGAAUCGUUUAAUCCGAAACCGGAAAAUCCUAGCCAUCUGUGCCAUUCUCUCAUCGAUUUAUUGUCGCAAAUCUCACCAACGUUCAAACGUAGUUUCGCCCAAAUGCAAAAGAAACGCACACUUCGUCAUCCAUUUGAACGCGUUGCAACUCCAUAUCAAAUUUAUACAUGGUGUGCUCCUUCGUUGGAUCAUACAUUGGAUGCUAUUAGGGCAGAAGAUACGUUCUCAUCGAAAUUGGGCUAUGAGGAGCACAUUCCCGGUCAAACAAGAGAUUGGAAUGAAGAACUGCAGACAACGCGUGAAUUACCUCGCAAAUCGUUACCCGAACGGCUAAUGAGAGAACGAGCUAUAUUUAAGGUUCACAGUGAUUUCGUAACGGCAGCCACACGAGGUGCCAUGGCUGUAAUAGACGGAAAUGUAAUGGCCAUAAAUCCAGGCGAAGAUUCAAAAAUGCAAAUGUUCAUCUGGAAUAACAUUUUCUUCUCGUUGGGCUUCGAUGUUCGUGAUCACUACAAAGAGGUCGGCGGUGAUGCUGCUGCAUUCGUUGCCCCUAGAAAUGAUUUGCACGGUGUUCGAGUUUAUUCAGCUGUCGACGUCGAGGGACUAUACACAUUAGGAACAGUAAUUAUUGAUUAUCGUGGCUAUCGCGUCACAGCUCAGUCAAUUAUUCCUGGCAUUUUGGAGCGCGAGCAAGAGCAAUCCGUUGUUUACGGUUCGAUCGACUUUGGGAAAACCGUUUUGGGUCAUGAAAAAUAUUUCGAAAUGCUAAGCAAAGCCGGCCAGCAUUUGAAGAUCUUACCUCAUGGUGUGUUAAAUGAUAAACAAGAGGUGAUUGAAAUAUGCUCUUCCGUCGACUGCAAAGGUAUUAUUGGAAACGAUGGUCGUCAUUACAUUUUGGACUUGCUACGAACUUUUCCACCGGAUGUAAACUUCCUCAAGAAUAUCGAUGUUGAGCUUGUCAAAGACGUUACUGCAAUGGGUUUCCCUAUUGAGCAUAAACACAAGUUAAGUUGUUUGCGUCAGGAACUCCUAGAAGCAUUCGUUGACGAUCGCUACGUUAUGUUCAUUAAAUAUGCCGCAUUUCAUUUGCAGCAAAUCAAAGCUGCAAAAAUGCUUAAGGAAGAGGAGGAAAAGAAAAAUAAGCCAAACACAAAAGCUAUUGAAAACGAAUCCGCUGAGGCGAAUAACAAUUCAAAAGAAACCAAUGGUACGUUAGAGGAAACCACCACAGUUAACACAGAGGCUGCCAAGAAAUUAAUGGAAACAUAUACCGAGGCUAUUGCGUCCGAUGACAAACUAACCCUCGACUCCAAAGAUAUUGUUAGACGAGCUUGUGCAGCCGUCGGUUCAUUGAAAGAAUAUGAAUUCGAUAUUCGUUUCAAUGCGGAUGUUUUCACUCCGGGAAUAAAUCAUGUGGAAAACGAAGACGCACCGAAUUCGUUGAAAAAACAAAGGAAAUUGGUUGUGGACGCAGCAACAUUUUUGGUUACAACACAAAUACCAAGCUUCGUCAGGGAUUGCAUUGAUCAUACGUCUGCACCGAUGUGUGGUGCAACACUAACCGAAGCACUGCACAGCCGCGGUAUCAAUAUGCGGUACUUAGGAAAAGUAGCUGGACUAUUAGCUAAGAUACCGAAACUGGAAUACCUACAUACGAUUUCGGUUCAAGAGCUGAUCCUACGCGCAGCCAAACACUUAUUCUAUGCAUACAUGCAAAAUACUGAUCUCAUGAGCUUAUCAGCGGCUAUAAGCCAUUUCCUGAAUUGUUUAUUAACCACUGGUCCGAUAAUGGCUCCACCGGUUGCACAAGACGAAUUGCAAAAAACGAACAAACGACGGAAUAAGAAGAAAUCGAGCAAAAAUAUGUUCUCGGGAAACGAUAAUUCCGAAUGGCUGACACUGACACAAAAAUCGCUUUGGCACCAAAUCAAAAAGGAAUGCAAAGCGUAUUGGGAUUUCGAUUUGGGUUGUGAUAACGUUGAAGCCGCCGUGGAAACCUACAAAUUUCACAAGCUCGGUCUGUUACGUGCGUUCUGCUUGAAAGUUGGCAUCCAGAUUCUGUUGCGUGAAUACAAUUUCGAGUCGAAAAAUAAGUCCACAUUCAACGAAGACGACAUCGUAAACGUGUUCCCGAUUGUAAAACACAUUAAUCCUCGAGCAUCGGAUGCGUACAAUUUCUAUACCACGGGACAAACGAAAAUUCAGCAAGGUUGUUUCAAGGACGGUUUCGAAUUGAUCAGUGAGGCGUUAAAUCUACUGAACAAUGUUUAUGGUGCUAUGCAUUCGGAGAAUGCACAAUGUCUACGAAUGUUGGCUCGAUUGAGUUACAUUAUGGGCGAUUCACAGGAAGCGCUGGCUAUUCAACAGCGAGCUGUUCUGAUGAGCGAACGAGUGAAUGGAAUCGAUCAUCCGUAUACUAUUUCGGAAUAUGCUCACUUGGCUCUAUACAGCUUCGCAAACAGUCAGGUUAGUACAGCACUGAAGUUGUUGUAUCGUGCCCGCUAUUUGGCAUUGUUGAUUUGCGGUGACAAUCAUCCGGAUAUUGCCUUACUUGAUAGUAACAUUAGUUUAAUUCUUCAUGCCGUUGGCGAAUACCAAUUAUCAUUACAAUUCUUGGAACAUGCAUUGGCGUUGAAUAUCAAAUAUUACGGUGAAAAAUCGCUCAAAGUAGCUGUUAGUUAUCAUCUGGUUGCUCGGACACAGAGUUGCAUGGGAGAUUUUCGGUCUGCAUUGAACAGUGAAAAGGAAACCUAUGCCAUUUAUAAGCAGCAGUUGGGUGAAAAUCACGAAAAAACGCAAGAAUCUUCAGAAUGCCUAAGACAUUUAACACAACAAGCGGUCGUUUUGCAAAAGAAAAUGAAUGACAUUUGUUCCAACGGUAAAAUCACAUCCGAUCUGCCACCAAUUCACAUACAACAACCAUCAAUGGACUCUGUCCUAGACAUGCUAAAUGCCAUUAACGGAAUUCUAUUCGUUCAGAUAAGCCCCAAAGACAUUGUCAACUUGAAACAUGAAAUCGAGAAACAACAACAAGAGACUGAUGGUCAAGUGGUGGACACACCACCAGCAACAAUCGAAGAUAUCGAGAAAAUUAUUGAACCGAAGUCUGUUGCAUCAACGGAAACCAAAACAAUACCAGCUGCACCGAUCAUACAGAAAACGGAAAUAACAGCAAGUUGAAUGGCGAGUAAAAGUGUGUAGAGGCAACGAACGAUUUUCCUAAACAUUUUUUUUUUAUUAAGAACAUUUUUGUAGAGAAAUUGCAGGUUUUCCAAUUGAAUUGUUUUCUUUGUUAAAUUUUCGGGUUUAAAAUCUUCAACAAUUUUGGUUCCGUUAAUUUUUGAAUUUAAAAUUUCAGAGUUUAAUUGAUUCGUUAACUGGUUUUUUGCCAUUCUUCAUUUCCAUUGAUACAAUGGAAAUCAAUUUAUAAUUUAAAAAUAUCAAAAUCAUCGUGAAAGAUCGUGCAAUUUUCCAAAGAGAGUGAGGGUAUUCAACAUAGAAAGAAAAUAAAUUGAAAACGAAAAAAAAAACCAUUUGUAACACAUGAAUUUAGUCCAGCGACGCAUUAAAGUAAAAUUUUCAUUUUUAUUGAAAAUUUCAAGCAUCAGUCACCAAUGUUUCACACCAUUAAAUGAAUCGUGUGUCACUUUCCAAAGUUACUCUGCUCGGACAGUGCUGGGUGAGAAAGUUUUUUUUUAAGUUCAAAAUGAACAACAUUUUUGCAAACGACACAUUUUUUGAUUGUGCGAUUUAUUAAAGUUGUUUGGAACAAUAAGAAAACAUGAAAUAGUGCAACGAGUGCCUAGUAUAUUGCGAAGUAAUUCAUUUUGAUAUUCUCUAAAAGAUUUACAAAACAAAAUUCCCCCGUUUGCAGAAUUUAGAGAAUUUUCGGGUAAAAUUAUUUCCCAAAAUAUUUGGUGUUGGGUGCAACAUUGGAUUGAUGUUUGGAUCGUUCGUCGCUGAAAUUAGUAAUAAAAUACGUAGUCAGCCAAUUUUUAGAA